AUGACUGAGUGGAUGGUCCUUUUAUCGCCAUAUCGAGAGAUCUAUGAAGGUCAUGGAGUUUAUAGGCAAUGGAUGCCUUAUGAAAUCAACAAAUCACAAGAAGUUCUUGGGCUCGAUCGACCAGUCGAAGAGGAAAUUGCUGCCGAAAACAAGCGCUUCGCCGAAUCGCAAGAACGAGGACGGAUUCGUCGGAUUGCGAGCCGG